AUGGCUUCCCAGCACACCAACUGCCACACCCACACGAACCAAGCUUUAGGGGAUGUUAAGAUCAAUGAGCUUGAAGAUGGCAAAGUCCCCACAUCCACAGCUGAUCGAAGCCUUGAAGAACUUGGCUACACUCCGGAAUUAUCCCGCAAUCGUUCCACCUGGAAUGUAGUGUUCAUGUGCUGUAUCCUCUCAUCUGUACCUUAUGGCCUAUCGACUACGUUCACGUACCCCUUGGCGGGCGGCGGCCCAGCUAAUGUGAUCUGGGGCUGGGUAACUGUGUGCCUCAUCGUUCUUUGCCUAGCAAUAUCCCUCGCUGAAAUUACCUCUGUUUAUCCUACUGCCGGUGGUGUGUACUACCAGACAUUUGCGAUAUGUCCAUCCUGGUGUAGACGUAUUACCUCCUGGAUCUGCGGCUGGGCGUACACUACGGGGCAAGUGAUGAUCACCUUGUCGGUCAAUUUCUCUACUACGCAGUUUUUUGUCGCAAGCUUGAACGUCUUCGAGAAAUCUCCUGGGGUUGGUAUUACGGAUCACUUCCAGGCUUACCACGUGUUCCUGAUCUUCUUGGCCAUCACGAUUGUAUGCCAUGCUAUUCCUGCCCUAGGGAACAAGUGGCUGCCUUUGUUAGAGCAAUUAGCCAUCUUCUGGACGAUAGCCGGCGUGAUUGCAAUAGUGGUCUGCAUCCUCGUGCUAGCUAAAGAAGGACGACACUCCGCAAAUUGGGUCUUCACACACUUCGAGCCACUGGGUGGUUGGCCAUCUGGUUGGUCAUUCUGCGUAGGGUUAUUACAGGCCUCGUGGGCCACGUCGGCUACAGGAAUGAUUACAUCCAUGUGCGAAGAAGUGCGCGAGCCUGCUGUUCAGGUACCCAAAGCCAUAGUCGGCGCCAUCGUGAUCAAUUUCAUCGCCGGUUUGAUACUCCUUAUUCCGAUCUGCUUCGUCCUGCCCGACCUGAAUAUAUUGGUCGCCUCCGGCCAACCCGUUCCCUUAACACUGAAGUCCGCCACAGGAAGCUCCGUCGGUGCCUUCUGUCUACUUCUCCCAUUGAUACUGUUGGGUGUUAUUUGCGGCGUCGGUUGUGCAACAGCUACAAGCCGAUGCACCUGGGCAUUCGCACGCGACGGCGCAAUUCCCGGCUUCAAUUGGUGGAAGAUCGUCAACAAGUCCCUAGGCAUACCCUUGAACGCCAUGAUACUGGGUAUGGUCGUCGAGAUUCUAUUGGGGUUAAUAUCGCUCGGAUCCAGUUCGGCCUUCAGCGCUUUCUCUGGUGUCGGGAUCAUUUUACUCACGCUCAGCUACGGCUGCCCUGUCGCGGUCUCUUUCAUCCUGCGUCGACGCAAGGACAUCCGCCAUAGCAAUUUUCAUUUUCGUAUCUUGGGCCCUUUCUGCAAUGUCGUCACCAUCGCAUGGACCAUCUUGGCUAUUCCAUUGUUCUGCAUGCCGACCUUCAAGCAUGUCACAGUUGAUAGCAUGAACUAUGCCGCUGUGGUCUUUGCAGGUGUAGUUGUUACCUCGGCCCUUUGGUAUUUGGUCUGGGGGCGGAAGAACUACAGAGGCCCUCCGUGCGACAGUAAGGAUCCCGCUAUGACGUACGAAUAUCUGUAG